AUGAAUAACGAAGAGCCAGCAUUGAAGAAAGCCAGACAGUCUAUCUUGUCAAAUCAUGUUGAAAGUGUCGAGCUUCAAGAUAUAUUUCGUAAACAUUGGUCUAAUCACAUGAGCUUCAAAUCUGAUGAGUUGGAAAUUAUUUCGGAACCAUUUCGUGUUUGCAAAAUUUCAAAUUUUAUCAAGAACCAACAAUUCAUGGAGGAUUUAAAGAGUGAACUGUCUGAGGUUCAGAGUAAAAGGAUUAUGCUGGACUUGUAUCAACUUGAGCAAACAAGUGACUUGGGGAAUCACUUGAUCGACAGUAUUGAGGUAUUUCAUCGAACGUUUCGUACUGACAUGGUCGAGUGGAUGCAACAAAACACAAGUAUCGAAUUGAAUUCAACAAUUUCAAUGACUGGUUCGUGCUAUUAUGACACUGAUUAUCUACUUUGUCAUGAUGAUAACAUGGGUGAUCGUAAAAUAGCAUUCAUAUUUUAUUUGAUGUCCAAUUGGACUGCAGCUGAUGGGGGUACACUCGAUUUAUUUGAUACUGAUGAAAAAGGAUUACCUCGUAAAAUUGUUCGUUCUCUGAUGCCAGAAUAUAAUUCUCUUGUCUUUUUCGAGGUUUCAAACCACUCUUACCAUCAGGUAGCUGAGAUAACGUCCAAUUUAUCUAGAUGGUCUAUCAACGGAUGGUUCCACGGGCCGAAGAUUGAAAAUUUACCACCAAGACCCCAGAUUGAAUACAAAUGGUUAAUUCCAAUGGACGAUGAUCAAGAUUUGACUGCUUGGAUCACUGAUACUUAUUUAUGUCCUGGUAUAGUUGCUGGUAUCAAAGAGGACGUUGAAAAGCAAUCGUACGCUUAUAUUGCACAAUUUCUCAAAGCUGAGGUUUACGAAAAAUUGUCUAAGGAAAUAACCGACGAUUCAAUAACGUGGAAUAAAGUUGGACCGGCAAAUUUACGUAAUUAUGAAGUUGCUGAUGAGUCAAGUUUGCCAGGUACUUUGAAAAAAUUUUAUAAAUUAUUUCGCUCGCUGCCAUUUUUUCAAUUACUGAAAAAUUAUACUGAGUUGGAUUUAAUUCCUGAUAAUGAAAAUAUGAAACCGAGGAUGACGAUUGAACUACAGAGAUGGUCUAAAGGCUGCUACACUCUUAUCUGUGAUAAUUAUUGUGAUGAAGAUAUGAUGAAAGAUAAAAAAGAGGAAAAAUCAGUUGGAAAUGAUGACGGCAAUAACGGUAAUCGUGAAGAUGAUGGUUUUAAUGAUGGCAAUGUACUACGCAGUAUUUUGAAAGACAUAAAACCUAAGGUUGAUAAGCAAGAUGAAUCUGAGGAGGCAUCUUGCUCUAAAUCAGAAGACUUUUUCAAGAGAAGUCCACCGCUGCAUCCUGAUUCCGAGGACCCAGACGUUUCGGAUAUCGGGGAUUAUCUUUCUGGUUCUUCGAGAUCCUCUGAAGACGGGGAUGACCGAGACAAUGUUGAUGAAAUGGAUGAUUAUGAUGACAGUAACAUCGAACCAGGAACACUGGAUGUUAUCAUGCAAUUCAAUACUAUGCAUGUUUCCGAAUCAGAAACUAUUGACUACUUGGAUCCUAAAGAACAAGAAAGCGCUCUUAUCCAUAUCGCUCCUCAAGACAAUUAUCUCUGCUUAGUUUAUAAAGAAUUGAGUACCUGCAGGCUUCAUAAGUACGUUAAUCACUAUUUUGAGGGAUAUUACUACAAUCUGAUUUGCACGUACCGUGAAUAA